AUGCCUUCUGCACCGAACCUUUCGUGGGGCGCUCCUCUCUCUCUCAAGGUUAUCGGCCACAAUGCCGGAACCUCCAUGGACGGAGUCGACCUUGUCCACGUCCACUUUACCCAGGACUCGCCUACCUCCCCCUUGAACAUGCAGCUUCUCCGCUACGGGGAGUACCCAAUGCCGCAGAAGGUCAAGAGGCGGGUCAUGAAGCUCAUCAAGGAAAACAAGACGACCCCCGAGGAAAUGGCCAUUGUCAACAUCCAGCUCGGUCAGGUCAUUGCCGACGCGGUGAACUCUUUUGCCAGGGACCAAGGCUUCGACCUGGCAAAGGAAGUCGACCUGAUCGGUGGCCAGGGCCAGACCAUCUGGCAUCUGCCUCUUCCCGAGCUCUUCGAGGGUGACCAGAUGCGUGCCCACCUGGACAUGGCUGAGAUUGCCAUCAUUGCUGCAAAUACCGGCGUCACUUCCUUGGGCAACUUCCGCGUCUCCGACAUGGCCCUCGGCCGCCAGGGUUGUCCUCUCUUCGCCGCUCUCGACUCGCUUCUGUUGAACCACCCUACUCUCAACCGUGCCGUCCAGAACAUCGGCGGCAUUGCCAACUUCUCCAUCCUGCCCAAGGGCAAUGUGCAGGGUUGCUAUGACUUUGACACUGGUCCAGGAAACGUCUUCAUUGAUGCCGCUGUCCGUUACUUCACCGACGGCCAGCAGGAGUACGACAAGGACGGUGCCAUGGGCGCCAAGGGUAAUGUCGACCAAGAGAUUGUUGACGAGAUCCUCGCGGGACCUUACUUCGUCCACGAUAUUCCCAAGACCACUGGUCGAGAGACCUUUGGUGACCGUAUGGCGGAGGACAUCUGCGACAGGAUGUUGGCUAGUGGCGCCACUCCCGAGGACUGCGUUGCAACAAUCACCCGUAUCACCGCUCAAUCUCUUGCCGACGCUUACGAGCGCUGGGGCCCCGAAGGCGGUGUUGACGAGAUCUACAUGGGCGGCGGUGGCUCCUACAACCCCAACAUUGUCAACUAUCUCAAGCAGCGCCUGCCCAAGACUCGCAUCACAUAUAUCGACGAGACCGGUAUCCCCGUCGGCGCCAAGGAGGCUCUGGGGUUCGCGCUUCUCACCCACGAGUGCUUCGUUGGCAGGCCAAUGAUCGUCCCCACCAACACCGAGUCGGACAACCCUGGUGUCGUUGGCCAGAUUCAGCCUGGGAAGAACAUGCACCGCAUCAGACAAGCCGUUGCUCAGUUCUGGGGUGACUUCCCAGAGGAGGACAUUCGAUGUACCACCAAGAUGAACCUCUUGCCUAGCCUCUGCAAGUGA